GUUGAAAACUUCACCAAUACAGGAAGGCUUAGCAAACGAACAAACAACCUAGAAGAGAGCUUUAACGCGUCGUUUAUAAGUUAUUUUAGAAAAUUCCCGUCCUGAUGUAUUGACAAGAAACAGGUUGCGAAUCGAGUUAUUUUGUUAAUUAAUUUCACCGUUAUUUGCGAGCUUCAAUUACAAAAUAAAUAAUCUGGCUAAGCUAGUUGGAGGAAGCAGCUCUGUGUUUAUAAAAGCAUUGCUAAACACUAUACAGAUCACGUAUAAUCUUUAUUAUUCUUUUUAAACAGCAACCCACCGGGCUAAUUUUAGCUUAAUUUCGAUGUGUUAUUAAUAUUACUGGGGCUUUACAUGACACCAGGCUUGAUGCAUGGAGAAGUCUGCUCACUAUCUGAAGACAGGGAAUAUUUUUAGUUGACUUCAUUAUUGCAGACAUGUCGAGCAGUCUAACGCCGGAACAGCAGAGGAAAAUCGAGGAGAACAGGCAGAGAGCGUUGGCGAGAAGAGCUGAGAGACUUGCACAAGCUGUGACUGCACCACACAAGCCGUGUCAAACCCAAUCACAUCCUGCAGCAGGAAGAAAUGCAAAGUACACGACGAGCUUUCCUCCAAAACCUGCAGCAAGCAGUGCAGCCCACAGUGUGAGACAGACUCAGCUCAUAGAUCCACUUCCCAUCCCUAAAAGGACGGAAUAUCAAACGUCAGCUCCGUCGUCUAGUUUCGUCCCCCCCAAGCCCAAAUCUAGUGCUGUUGGAUUCCCUGAACCAAAGCCAAUUUCCACUGCAGAUCAUUUCUUUGGGCCGAGUGUGAAGACACCCACCCAGCCUUUAUUCAAGAAGGGACCCAAACCUCUGGACUCUGGCUCUGCCGUUUCUGUGAAAAGGCCUGCAGUGUGCGUGAGAGGGAAGUGUGUUCCUCAUUCAGAAGAACGCUUCAGAGUAGAGGUUGGCUACAACGCAGAGCUCAUCACUGUGUUCAAAAACAUUCCCUCCAGAAACUAUGAUCCUGUCACAAAGAUGUGGAACUUCAACCUUGAGGAUUAUAAGCAACUGAUGGAGGAGGUCGGAGGUCUGCCCUCAGUGUCUUUGAAGGCUCUGGAGGGGAUGGAAGGUUUGGAUUUAUCCGCCUCCAGCAUUCGCCCCAGAGACUCUGCGUCACUGGCGGCCAUGAUGAAACUCUGCCAGGGCUGGCAGAAACCUGGGGCCACAGUCAAGGGCAGAUGCACACUUAUCUCCCGCUCUCGCCUGGAAGUGGACAUCACAUACCAUGCAGAUGUGAUAGGUAUCUUUAAACAGAUGCCUUCAAAAAACUAUGACAUGAAAACAAGGAAAUGGAGUUUCCUACUCGAGGACUAUGGCAUGUUGAUGGAGACUCUGAACAACAUCUCUGAUGUGGAGGUUGAACCGUUACCACGUGCUGUGCUUCAGGCCUUUUCCUCCCAGUUUGAGAAGAGCCAUUCUAGAGAUGCAGAAAUACCUGAAGCUGAUCUCUCAGGCAUCGAUAUGACUGUCACACGCAGCCUCAUGCCCUUUCAGCAGCAUGGCGUCAACUUUGCGGUGUCUAGGGAAGGCCGUCUGCUCCUGGCUGAUGAUAUGGGCUUGGGGAAGACGGUGCAGGCCAUCUGCAUUGCAGCCUACUACAGGAAAGAGUGGCCAUUGCUGAUAGUUACUCCAUCCUCCGUCCGCUUCACCUGGGCUGAGGCGCUCCGCCGCUGGUUGCCCUCAGUAGCAGCAGACAGCAUUAAUGUGGUGGUGACGGGUAAAGACAGUCUUCGCUCUGGUCUCAUCAACAUCGUCAGCUAUGACCUUCUUAGCAAGAUGGGAAAGCAGAAUUUAGCCAGUCCUUUCGGUGUGCUUAUUAUGGAUGAGUCCCACUUCCUGAAGAACAUUAAAACUGCUCGCUGUAAGGCUGCUCUUCCUCUGUUAAAGGCCGCUAAAAGAGUGAUCCUGCUGUCAGGAACUCCCGCUAUGUCACGUCCGGCUGAGCUCUACACACAGAUUCUGGCUGUGAGGCCGACACUCUUCCCUCGUUUCCAUGAUUUUGGAGUGAGAUAUUGUGAUGCUAAACAGCUCCCCUGGGGUUGGGACUAUUCUGGCUCCUCUAAUUUGGCCGAGUUGAAGUUGUUGUUAGAGGAGUGUCUUAUGUUGAGGCGAUUAAAAUCCGAUGUGCUGUCACAGCUUCCUGCCAAACAGCGCAAGGUUGUCACUGUGACUACAGACGGUAUAAACUCCCGUACCAAAGCCGCACUCUCCGCUGCAGCCAGAGAACUCACCAAAGGAUGCCACAGUAAGAAGCAACAGAAGGAGGCUCUACUGGUUUUCUUUAACCACACAGCAGAGGCCAAGAUCAGAGCUAUCCUGGAGUACAUUUCAGACAUGCUGGAGUGUGGACGAGAGAAGUUUCUGGUGUUUGCGCAUCACAAACGGGUCCUGGACAGCAUAAGUAAAGAGCUUACUGAUAAGGCAAUCAAUCAUAUCCGUAUUGAUGGGUCUACACCCUCAGCCGAUCGCCAUCAGCUGUGUGAGAAGUUCCAGUUCUCUGAGCAGAGCUGUGUGGCUGUGCUCUCUAUCACAGCUGCCAAUAUGGGCCUCACCCUGCAUACUGCCGACCUUGUCGUGUUUGCAGAGCUCUUCUGGAACCCAGGGAUAUUAAUCCAAGCAGAGGACAGAGUGCACCGUAUUGGUCAGACCAGCAGUGUGGACAUUCACUACCUGGUAGCCAAAGGCACAGCUGAUGACUACCUAUGGCCAAUGAUCCAGGAGAAGAUGAAUGUUCUAGAACAGGUUGGCUUGUCCGAGUCGAAUAUUUCAGACAAAGCAGAGUGUGCCAGCUUCCACAGCAAGGACCCCACACAGCAAAGAAUCACAGAGAUGUUCCAGAGAUCAUUCUCAGAGGAGGAUAUGGAUGAGUCAGCGCUAUUAGAGGCUGUGAAUGACUGGGAGGACACUGAGCAGACUGACUCAGUCAGCCACCAGGAGAACCCUUUCUCAGGGAGCCCCAGCAAGAAAAGACGUAUAGAAGACUAACCAAAACUGUAAAGCCCACCCAUCUUCAAAGUACCAUUUGGUUAUCAUGAAUAUUUGAUUAUCAUUGGGUUUCUUUUGCCAAUUUGGUUCUAAGUAUAUUGUACAUAUAGUUGUAGGAAACCCAUUAAUUAAUAAAGCAUUUAUGUUUGCUCACAGA